AUUUUAUUGUGGUGCUGAUAUGAAGUCAUCUUCACUGACACUUGCUCCUUGCAGUCAUGUGAUCACAGCAGUCUCGUCGGGGCGCAGUAGAGUUUCCUUGACUUGGCCUCAUGAAAAGUGCACAGAGGGACACAUGGAGCACCAAACCUCCUGCAAACUUCUCAGACGUGUCUGGGACGCAGCGCGCAUGCACGCAGACGCAGCUGCGCUUUUCUCCAGACAUGCGGAUUUAAAUCUCUUCUAAGACUUGUAAUGACACUUCUCAUAAAAAGUGCAUUUUAUCGGUCAUUCGUGAUGGAGUCGGACGAAACUAAGAUUUCAGUGUGGGUCUGCCGAGAGGAGAAGCUCGUCUCCGGCUUGUCAAAGCGCACAACCUGCGCAGAUGUUAUCAGAGUACUCGUGGAAGACCAAAACUCGCAGCACGGCCCCUCCACAGCUUCGCUCUCAGGGUGCUCACAGUCUUACUGCGUCGUGGAGAAAUGGAGAGGUUUCGAGAGGAUUUUACCGAACAAAACCAAGAUUCUGCGGCUGUGGGUCGCGUGGGGAGAGGAGCAGGGCAACGUGAAGUUUGUGUUGGUGAGAUGCGAGGCGUCUUUGGCGAACCACGGCGCGCGGAGCGCAGAGGCGCGUGUGGUGCUCAGCAAACACAGCCCCUGUGUCACCAAGGGGGCCGCGCGGGCUCCCGUGGGUGGCUUCUCCCCUGAGAAACAGCGUCGGAUCGUCAGGAAAGCUUUCAGAAAGUUGGAGAAGAUCAAUAAUAAAAAGAGAGCGCGGGCGGCGCACAGAGACGCGUCCUCUGCGGAGAAGAUGGAGACUUUGGCUCAUCUUGUUAUUUCUCAGGAUCACACGAUCCGCCAGCAGAUCCAGAGGAUCUCGGAGCUGGACGCAGAGAUCGAGAGGUGCGAGGCAGAGGUGCACUUUGACAGAAUCAAAAGACACGGGAUUAAUUAUGUGCAGGACACGUAUUUAGAGGAUGCUGCUGCAGCCUCCGGCCGAGAGGGAGACAAACUGUGUACACCUGAGAAUCUCGCCAAGUUUGAGGAGUAUGUCCGGCAGUGUGAGGACGUGGUUAGACUACAUGAGGAGCUGUGGGAGCAGGAAGCCCUUAUAGACACCAUCACCACGCAGGUGCAGGAGGAGCUGAACCACCGCUGGAUGCAGCGGAGGAAAGAGGAGCUGCGGAGCAGCACCGGCGAGGGCGCACCAGCCCUCCCUAGCACGGAGGCAGACGCAUCAUCGGAAAACGAGCUGCUUUUGGAAGCUGAGAGGAUCAGGACACAGUUAGAUGCGAGUUUAUACAUCGGUCUGCGCCUCAACACGGAUUUAGAAGCUAUUAGGAGCGAUUUAGAGCUGACCCAGGAGAUUUGCGGGGCCAGGGAGAAGGAGAUGAGGGAUUUGCUGGAGAAAGUGAACAGUUUGGACAUAGAGGAAGGGACAGCCAGUGAGGAAAGAUGUAGCCACGGGGCGGACGACAAGACGGGGAUGAUGAGCACUUUGGAGAGGAAGAGCGAGUGGGUGGAGCAGGCCAGGGGUCUGUCCAAAGUUCACAGUGUGAACGACGACGACUCAGACACCGGCCUGAGUUCUCUGCACAGUCAGGACUCAGACAGCCAGCCAGUGUGGGAGUCACUGGUUUAGGAUUUUACCAGUAAAGGUCACUUAUGAUAAAGAACUUGUACACUCUCAGGGAUUCUCAUUACUCUGAAGAAAAGGCAAAUACACCACAUGGACGGCAGUGAACUUAAAGUGGACUUGUCUUUGUAUGGCAUCCUAUAUUUUUUUAUAACAUCCUUCUUGAACUGGUUUUCGAGCUACUUUUCUCACCAAUAAAGUUGUUAUUUUGACACAAAAUAAAUGUUU